GGAACACUCAUCCCGUGCCCUGUCAGGCAAAGCAAGUCAACAUGUCUGCCCGUGUUGCAGGCAAAAGCACAGGUGUGGGCGGCGGGAACGGCGUGAGCGGUGGCGGUGGUGGCGGAAGCGGCGGACGAGGCGGUGGAGGCGGACGAGCCGGGGUGGCCAAGUGUCCGCGUUGUGGGGUGGGCGAGCUGAUUGGCGCGGGUGCAGAAGGGCAUUCGUCGUGUAACAAUUGCGGGCACGUGGAAGAGGAGAACUCGAUUGUGUUUGGCCUGCAGUUCCAGGAGGACUCGCAUGGCUCAUCGUCGAUCGUGGGUACCUUUGUGUCGGAGACCGGGGCGCGGUCCAUCGCGGCUACCCCAUCGUACGGCUCGAUCUCCAUUAACUCGCGUGAGAUGACCAUCAUCAACGGACGAAAGAAGAUCACCCAGGUUGCGGCUGCGCUGCAACUCAACUCGCGCCACAUCGAUGCCGCACAGCGGUACUUUCUCCUUGCUGUCCAGCACAACUUUAUCCAGGCCGGCGGACGCAGAACGUGGUGGCGGCCUGCCUCUACAUUGUGUGCCGACGCGAGAAGGCGCCGUUGAUGCUCAUCGACUUUUCGGACGUCUUGCAGACCAACGUGUACACACUCGGCAACACAUUUCUCAAGUUCAAGCAGUUGCUCAACAUCACGCUUCCGGUCAUCGACCCGUCGCUGUACAUCCACCGGUUUGCGGCCAAGCUCGAGUUUGGGGCCAAGAAGCAUGUGGUCGCCAUGUCUGCACUUCGGCUGGUGCAGUCGAUGAAGCGCGACUGGAUCCACCACGGGCGGCGGCCGUCGGGCAUCUGCGGCGCGGCCCUGCUCAUUGCGGCGCGCAUGCACGGCUUCCGGCGAACGCAGAAGGAGAUCACCCAGGUCGUCCGCAUCUGCGACCUGACGCUGCGCAAGCGGCUGGGCGAGUUUGAGGCAACGCCGUCGUCAGAGAUGUCGCUCUCCCAGUUUAACGAGACCUCGAUCGAGGAGGAGGCCGAUCCGCCGGCCUUUGCUGUCUCGCGCGAGCGCGAGACUGCCGACUCGAAGCGCCGGCUGGAACUGCUGGAGAUGUACAAUGCUGGGCCGGCCAACAACAACCUCUCGCUCGAAGACUUUGCGCGCGGCCUGCAGAGCCAGCACGACUACGACCUCCUCUUCCCGCGCCUCCCCCCAGCGCCGACUCGACCCCGUCGUCGUCACAGGCCGCCCCACCGCCUGCAUCCCAAGCUUCGGCCGCUGAGACCGAAAGCCAGAGUGCAGUGCCCGCUCCUGCGAACCAGGCCGAGGAUAGCGGUGGUGACGAUGACAACCUUGACGAUCUUGACGACGAAGAGCUCGACGCCUUUAUCCUAUCGGACCGCGAAGUCAAGUUCAAGUCGGCUGUGUGGAAGGCGAUGAACAAGGACUACCUCAAGAGCCAAAAGGCCAAGGCCAAGAAGGAAGCUGAAGAUCGGGCCCGUGGCAUUGAGCCCAAGGCCAAGAAGCCCAAGACUCGCAAGCGCAAGCGCCAGGAGACGGUCUCAGUCCCCACCUCGGCCGCCGCCGCCACUGAAGCCAUCCUCAACAAGCGCCGCAAGGAGCGGACGUCCAAAAUCGAUCAUUCCGCCCUCGGCUCGGUCUCCAACCUCUUUGCCGACGUCUAGCUCUAGCUCUCCGUCCAGCAUAACCACAACUCCGUCCUCCUC